CCAUGCUUGAUCAACAAAUAUGACCCCGAGCUCGUAUUUGCUGUUGCUGAUGGAGCGCACUAAAGAUGGACCGAUUUCCCGGCGGUGAAGUUCAGCGCAAAACCCAGUGUUGAUCUUCGACGGGUCCGGACGAAUAAUAGCUUCUUCUCUCUCAUUCAUGGAGUUACGACGGAGCUUAGACAACUUUUUUCAGUCGUUCCUAUCACUUUAGUUGGCAUGCGGUCAUGUCAUACUAUAGCCUUUGCAAGGAAAUAAUUACAGGGUAGUUUAGGAGGACUUCACCAGCUUUUCACCGGAAAAGGAAUAAGCGGUAGCUGAUGGCUUUCGACGACUUGAAACCAGGGAAUGGCUCUAAAGACCAUGUGCUUAUGCCCAACUCCAAUAAUAUUUAAACGGGCCCUCUGGUCAUUCCAGGAAUUACUCUUACUCUACAUUCCAAUACCUACGUUGUCUCAUACCACAAUGCGUCUUUCAUAUUCUCUGGCGUUUCUCUUCUCAAUAGGAGUGGCAAUAUCUCAGCCAACUCAAAAUGACUGCUCUGCUCUGGCAAGCAAAGUUCAGCUCGACUUACCUUUCACCGUCAACUUCGCUCAAUAUGUGAUGCCAAAUACGACAAUUGAUCCUACAGCCGAGGGGACGAACAUCACCUGUGCCUCGGGUGCGCCGCCUCCACUUCCUAUCCCAAUCGCGUUCUGUAGGUUGAGCCUCAGAGUCGAAACGACAGAAAGCAGUGAAAUAUACAUGGAGACCUGGUUACCAGAUGGCUGGGAAGGACGAACCUUGACCGUGGGAAAUGGUGGUUUGGCUGGUUGCAUUCAGUACUCCGAUCUUGCAAACGGGGCAUCUUUGGGGUUCGCCAGCAUCGGCAGCAACAAUGGUCACAACGGAACAUCUGGUGGAGCCUUCCUCAAUCAGCCGGAAGUGGUCAAAGACUUUGCUUCACGCGCAGUGUACACCAGCACUGUAGUAGGCAAGACGAUCGCAAAGCAAUACUAUGGACGUGAGUACGAUAAAAGCUACUACAUAGGUUGCUCGAUGGGUGGCCGUCAAGGCUGGGAGGCUGUACAGAAUGCCCCAGAACUAUUCGACGGGGUCAUCGCUGGAGCCCCUGCAAUUAAUGCCUACGCACACACUGGCUACUUUGGAUACGCCCUCCAAACUCUUGGUUUUAAUAGUAGCAGCAUCAGUCUUUCUCAGUGGGCUGCUGUUCAAGCCGCAGUAUUCGAGCAAUGCGAUGGUCUUGAUGGGGCUCGAGACGGCAUUCUUGAAGACCCAUCGGCUUGCGAGUUUGACUGGACACCAGUCAUCUGCGCUGAAAACUCUGCGUCUCCAUGUCUUACCCCAGAACAAGCCAAACAAGCAGCCACUCUAUUCGCGCCCAUCAGCUUCAACAACACUCCGAUUCAUCCUGGGUUGCGUCACGGUUUCGAGACCGCCUUUGUUUCCAACGUUUAUACCAACCUCGUUCAAACUUGGCUACCAGAGAUCUUCCGUUACCUCGUUUACUCAGAUAUCUCAUGGGAUCAGACAACAUUCACGCUGGAGGAUGCUUUGAAUGCUAUACAAUCCAACGCCGGCGAGCUCGGUACCUUCAAUGCGCAGAUUUCUGCCUUCCGCGAUCGUGGGGGGAAGAUCCUCCACUGGCACGGACUAGUUGAUGAAUUUCUCUCGGAAACCAUCUCCACUCUGUACUACAACAACGUCCAGAAGGAAUUGAACGCGACUGUUGCUGAGCUCGACAAUUUUUACAGAUACUUCCGACCAAGUGGCGUAGCCCACUGUUUCGGAGGCCCCGGGGCAAACGUCAUGGGGCAGUGGGGUCAGAUGGGAGCAAGCAAUGACCCGGAUGACAACAUGCUUGUCAGGAUUGUAGAAUGGGUGGAAAAGGGUCAUGCGCCUGAAUAUGUACGGGGGACGAAGUUCGUCAAUGAUACAAUUGCUCUGGGCAAGCAUUUCUCCCGGAAACACUGCAAGUAUCCCAAAGUCAACCAUUACAGAGGAAAUGGCGACGGAUUAGAUGAAGAGGGCUGGGAGUGUAUGUAA